AUGGGCAGUUCGAAUUCCACGCCUACCAGUAGCACCCCCAGGCGAGGAGGCGGAGGGGACCGCAACUGGGUCGGGAUCGAACCCGGCAUCGACCAGAUAACGCUGAACGAGGACCCCACCUUCUUCCGGCCGCAGGACGAAUUUGCGCGCGACUACGUCGAGGACAUCUUCAUCGUCGAGGGCGCCAGGCGCGGCGGCAGGUGCGGCGCCGGCGCGUACGCCUAUCGCAAGUCCGGCAUCGAGCAUGGCCCGUUUUAUACCGAGAAGGGCUGCUUGAUGUUCAUUGUGCCGGAUGAAGCCUAG